AUGGCACCACAACCACCAAAAUUACCAAAGGGCUGGAUAGCUCAAUGGGACGAAGAGUUUCAAAGAUUCUUCUUUGUCAAUACGGUCACGGGUCAGUCGCAAUGGGAGCAGCCCAAUGAUGAUCACCAUUUGGAAGAAUCCAGAGAUUCCUCUUCUUCCAAUUACCAGCGCCCAAGUCACCAGCCAUCUCAAGGCGGUAGUGACACAAAAGCCGACGGAGGAGAUGGAGAAUCUUCGGAUAGAGGCAUUGGUUCGUUUGUCAUGAACCAAGCAAUGAAUCAAAUGACCGGUGGGAAUAAGCACGGCAGCAGCGGAGGAAGCGGUGCCUUUGGAGGAGCUGGCUUGGGCUCUGUUGCCGCUCUAGCUGGGUCGUAUUUGACUUCGCAAUCUGGAGGUCAACACAACAACGGCGGCAACAACAGCAGUGGUGGUGGCAUUGGUGGUUUAGUUAGUAACUUUCUCGGUGGUAAUAAAACUGAGCAAGGUGGCAACUAUGGCCAAGGUCAAGGAUAUGGUCAAGGACAAGGACAAGGAUAUGGCCAAGGUCAUGGUCAAUCACAAGAAGGCGGGGGCAUUUCUGGAAUGAUUAAUAACUUCUUAGGAGGAUCCGGAAACGGUCACAAUUCUGGCAGUCAAGGUGGUUACGGUGGUGGCAACCAAGGUGGUUAUGGUGGCGGUGGCAACCAAGGUGGCUAUGGCGGUGGCGGCAACCAAGGUGGCUAUGGCGGUGGCGGCAACCAAGGUGGCUAUGGCGGUGGUGGCAACCAAGGUGGUUAUGGCGGUGGCGGCAACCAAGGCGGUCGACGCCAGGAUAAUUACGGAAAUGAAGGAGGAAGUUUUGGCUACAACAAUACAGGUGGUCAAAACCGCUGGUAA